GCCGGCGGAGAUACAUAUUCCAAUUGGCUUUCGAGUCUCAGACAGAGCAGAAGCAGCAGAAAGCGAGCGGAUAACCUAAGGAAGCCCAAGCACAAACCGUAAACUGAAAACCGAAAACCGUAAAAAGCACGAAAAACACGAAACGCAGCGCAGAAAACCAGCCAUAGCCAUAGCCACAGCCGUAGCCGUGCUUCGUGAAAUACAACCACAGCCCCCAAACCGAAUAAACCGAAAAAACUGAAACUGAAACAGAAAAUACAGCGACAAGACAGAAACCCAAACCGAAACUCAAACGGAGCGUAGUAAAUAGAGCGAUUUGGAUCAGGAAAAUCACUACUGAAAAAUAAUAGGAAAAUAAAUACAUACAUAUAUAGGAGUUCGAAAGAACAAGAGUAGGAGCAGCCAGAGACGCGAACCAGAACGUCAGUCUUUCGUGGGCCGGAAAACGCGCGGAAAACUUAGUGAUAAGCGCCCGAUUGCAGUUCAAAAGCUAUUAUAUUUUUUUUUUUGUUCGAGUGAAAGUGGUUUCCUGGGGCCCGGGCAUGAACCGCUCGAAUAGCUUUGUCAGCUCCCUGAAGUGGUGGCCCCUGCAGGGCCACAACAACCAGCCAGCCGCUGCACCGGCAGCUCCACCCAGCGGCGGCUACUCCCAGUCGGCACCCAGCUCCCCCACCUCCAACUGGCCGCCACCAUUGCAGCAGCAGCAGAACCCGCUAGCCCUGCGCCACCACCAUCUGCCCCAGCACAAGUCCACCGCCGGCGGGGGCAUUGUGGGCGCCACCUUCGGCAGCAGCGUCGCCGUCCAGAAGCUGCGCGAAUCCAAGUGGUUCAAGCCCGAGGAGCAGCGCAUCUUCUGCGCCGUCGUCGAGUGCGGCUUCAUUGUUGAGAUUCGGAGCAGCGCCGCAGCCGAGGCGGCAGCAGCUGCCACAGCCGCGGCCGCAGCGGCAGCUGCUUCGGCCGACCUCGAGGAGGAGGAUGAGGAGGACCCCCUCGACUCGCUCGACUGCCCGCCGUCGAAGCUGGCGUUGACGCUGGCGCCGGCGCUGGUGAUUCCGCGCAACGGAAGCAGCUUCCUGGAGACACAGGACGAGAACGAGACGCCGGUGGCCUCCUGGUACGGCAUCGUCCUCUGCAAGGUGGCUAAAGACAAUAAACCCAAACCCGAUACCAUUGAGAUAUUUUCUGUGAAAAUACGCGAGAAUGGCACCUACAAGCUGAUCAAGAUGUCACUGGCCGACAUUUGGAGCCACGGCUGGGAGCUGAGGAUCAAUAAUUUCGCCGACAAGGAGAAGGUUCCACACAACGAAAAGGAUAUACGUAAUCAGGUUUCGGUGGCCAGGAAGGCCAGGCAGAGCCUGUGGAACAACAACAAGCACUUCGUGUACUGGUGCCGCUACGGAAGUCGUCAGCAGGAUCUGCGCAAGCGACAGAUGUCGGAGUGCGUGAAAUGGGGCAGCGUUGGCAUGAACGCGGGCAUGUUGCUGGUGCUCAAUAAUAGGCAAAAAAGCUACUCCCACUCAAAGUAAAUAGUAUUCUAACUUCUAAACAAAUCACAAUUCAGGAAGCUCUAAACUCUAAACUCUAAACCAAAAAUCGCAAAAACUCAAGCCAAAAAUGUUGAUAUCCCAUAACUUCAAUCCCUCUUUCUGAAGGCGUUCUAACAACUUUUAAACAAGAAUAAUGAAAAAAACCGAUAUUAAAAAACAGAUAAUCUUUAAAAACUGAAUCAGUUAAAUAUGCGAGCGGCAGUAUUAAAUGAAUGAAAGUUAAAGAAACACUAUUACACACUGAAAAACACACUAUACACUCCUGCCCAUGAUUGUAAAGCUGUUGCAACUCGAUCUACAACUUAAAUGUGAAUCAAAAAUCAAAUUAAAUACUUUUGUAUUUACACAGAAAGAGAGAGAGAGAGACACAAACACUGUGAAAUUCGAAAAGACUUAUUAAAUAUUUGUUUGUUUUAAUAUUUCUUCGUCCUAAUUAUUAUUAUUAUUUGUAUUUUUUUUUUUUUUGUUUUCCACUUGUGAUUUUAAAAACGUAUAUAUAUACCUUUAUUAUACAACAUAUAUUAUGUAUUUAUGGCCGACAUAAACCGUACUUGUACUUGUAGCCACCCAGGCAAGGCAACACUCUUGUUUUCUUUGUUGUUUAAGCUUAGUUAUCGAACUAGGAGAUCCCAAGAUCCCAAGCCACGUCCUCGUGGAUUACGAGAACUCUACUUAGCAUCGUAAGAACCACAAUCAAACAUUCGAAAUGUUUCGUUAUGUAUUUAACUCUAAAUUGUAAUGAAAUAUAUGUAUACCACACUGAACGACAACCCCGACUCCUCCCCACAAUCGGACACUCAAGCAAAAAUCGAAAACCAAUCGGAAAUUUAUCGAAAAAAUCAACAUAUUUUUGUACAUAAAGUCAACACAACCAACACAACCAACCAACCAACUGGACGACCACGGACUCUCACAUACGUAACUUAAAGCUUAACUUAAAUUUAUAAACCCAUAAAAAAAAAUGAUAAAAAAAAGAACAAAAAAAAAGAUAUAUAUUAAAUGGAACAAUAGUCUCUAAGCUAUGUACUAUUAUUAGUUACUUCGUUUAAGUUGUGUAUUUUUUAAGCCAUUUAUAAAAUAUUUAUGGUAGUCUUACAUAUACAUUUCGACAAUGCGAAACAAAAUUUGAAUAUGAAACGUUUGUAAAAUGCUUUAUAUUGAUAUUAUUAUUAAAUGUUUACCAAUCGAUAAAAAAUA